AUGGUAAUUACUCAUAAGAAAGAAUAUCAGAAAUGGUAUAAAAUCAUUAUUGGAAGAGACGCCCUUCUACAAGUGGGCGUGGGAGAGGCGGUGUCAGGGAGGUCAGCUGGCGUCCAUCGCGUCCUGGACAUUAACGCCCCUCUGUACGUGGGCGGCGUCCCGAGCAUCGUCUCCCAGAUCGCCGACAACCUGGGCGUGGCAAAGGGGCUCACGGGCUGCAUCUACGGCCUCAAGAUAGGGCGGAAGGCUCUCGACUUGGUGUGGGGGCGUUCCCCGAGUGUCGGCCACGCCUACAAUGUGACCGAGUGCCACCCGUCUCCUUGCGCCGCCCUUCCCUGUCUCAAUGGGGGCACCUGUCAUCCCCGUUCUCACCUGGCCGGCUUCAGGUGCCAGUGCCCGCCCACGUACACAGGUGCUCGUUGCCAGGUGGAAGUAGGGGAGGAGUGUCGUCGUCUGCAAUGCCCACCUGGCACCAGCUGUCAACAUGCACCAGCUACUGCCACCCUCCACUGUGCUCCAGACUCCGGCGCCGAAGGGGACACUUGGCCCGUGGCUGAGUUCAGCGGCGAGGGCUACCUGGCCCUGCCGAGGCCCGAGUCCGCCCUCGACGCCUUCACGCUCGAGGUGUGGUUCCUGUCGCGUGCUCUCCAUGGCAUGCUCCUCUACGGGGGUCAGGGCCCUACCGUCCGCGGCCAUUUUGUCAGCCUCAACCUGGCCAGCGGCUUCUUGCACUUCCGCUUUGAUGUGGGCUCCGGCGUUGUCAACCUGACCACACCUGACAUGGCCCUUUAG